GUUGUUUUAGUGAACUUUGAGUAGUAUUUCAUAAAAGUAAUAUUCAUUUCAUUUCUCUGUGCAUAAUUGUACAUUUUAUGCACUUGCAAUUUAUUCCAACAGUUAAACGAACAAAUGAGACUUUAAACCAGCUAGAAUACGUUCAUGUUGACAUGCUUGUAAUGGGACAAGAAGCUUAGGCGUCCCAAUUUACCCGCUGUCCCAGAUUAUCCUAAUUCCCCCUGGAUUGACAUCCAGUAACUGUCAUCAACUGUACCGGGACAGGUUUUUGGAAGAUAAAAUGUCAGAAAACGCAGACGGCAGGUGCAGAGAGUGACUCAGUAGCAAGGAAACAAGGUCAAAUGAAAUAAAGCAUCUGUAUUGUUAUUAUUAGAAUGCAUUAUCAAGGUGUCUUGGUUUUGAUUCUGUUUAUAUUAGGUCGUUAUUGCUUUUAUUGUGUUUCUUUGAUAACUACACUCACUAAGAUCAAACUGAUGACAAAUGUGUGUGUGUGUGUGUGUGUGUGUGUGUGUGUGAGUGGGAGAGAGAGAGAGAGAGAGAGCCAGAGAGGGAGGGGCGUUGUCAUCGAGAUGUCCUUCAUCUACAGCUCCGGGAGAAGAGUGUGUGGAUCAGAGCGAGAGCAUCCGACGCUCACAGCAGCCACUACACGCCUCCAGUAUCAGCUGAAAGAUAAACGCAGGUGAAAAUGGGCGUGUUCAAAGUUCUGCUCGGCCUCGCCCACCUUACGAGUCUAUUGGCCGCCGCUGUGAUGAGUCACGAGGGGGCGUGUCUGGGGGACGGGAGGCACAAAGCCACGCCCAGCCCAGAGCCUCAUCUCAAGCAGUGUUCGCUCUACAUGGAGAACUCGUGUUGUUCAGAGAAGGAUGUCCAGGAUCUGUCCGGCUCUGUGUCCGGCGUGGACAGCUCUCACUGGGAUAAGUGUGGUGUCCUCAGCCCUCUCUGUGAGUCCUUCCUGAAGCGCGUCGUCUGUUUUUACCGCUGUUCUCCUGAUGCUGCUCGCUGGCCACACCCACAUCGUGACUCCUCCCUGAAGGCAGUGCCUCUGUGUCACAGCUUCUGCAGAGAUUGGUACGAGGCCUGUAAAAUGGACAUGACAUGUGAUCGGGACUGGACCACUGACCCACGCGGACAGAACUGCAGCGGUGGCUGUGUGCCAUACCAACAGAUGUACCAGCAUGGCCGAGACCUCUGCGAGAGUCUUUGGGGAGACGCUUUUAUGACAGUUGAAGACGACCCCGGGGAGGAAGAUGGUGUUGAAGGCCAUAGCUGCGGCUGUCUGACCCUCAGCCCAUCUGAUCGAGAGGUGAUCGCCGCUCUGAGGGUUCAGGAAGGAGACCCUGAAGAACUGGACACCACCAAGAGUGGCCUGCCUCAGUACAGAGCCCCCUGCCCUCCCGCAGGGCGUCAGACGCGCAGCGCCACAGUACCGCCACAGGCUCGGAGGAGCAGCGCCAACGCCGUACUGCGCAAGCGCUCCAUACUCGCCAGCGACAUGGAGGGCAGCGGAAGCGGAUUCUAGGAGAGCUGUGUUCUAGAUCUGACGAAUGUUUGUUAUUGAGUAUUUUAUCUUAUCAGUUGAGUUUACAGUAAACUAAUGCAGUGAGGUUUCUACAGUAUUGUCUAUUUAACACAGUCAACAAAACAAUCCUGUGUAGACUAAAGCUACUUCUGUAACAUAAAAUUCUGCUUAUUUUAACCUGUUUAAGGUAACAUCAAAAGUUGAAUUUAGGUCUGAACAACACUUUACAAUAAGAUUUCCAUUGUUAACAUUAGCUUACUACACUAAUAAACACGAAUGAACGAUAAUACUUCUACAGCAUUUGCUAAUUUAAAUUAAUGUUAAUUUAAACAUUAGUUUUGAAAUCAAAAGUAUCUGCUAACAUUAAUGCUCUGUGAACCGACAUGAAUAAUAACAUUGAUAAAUGCUGUAAUAAAAAUAUUGUGUGUUAGUUCAUACUAGAAAAUGGCUAACAAGAAAUGGCUAACAACUACAAAUAAAUUAAGUAACAAGAUAAAUUAAACAUGGAAUCCACAAGAUUAGGAAAGUCAAGUGAGGGCAAGACUGUCCCACACAGAUUUCGCACCGAGUUCAAUUUGUUCCCGCGCUUACUAGUGUUGCCAAGUCCGCGGUUUUCCCGCUGUUUUUUUCAACCGUUCUCAUGGGUUGUGUUUUAGAUCGAUUUUGAUAGCCAGUUUCGCGAUUAGACCGAACGCGUUCCAGUUUUGGCCGUGAUUGGAGUUUUGAGCAGCAAUUGGGCAGGUUUUGUUCUGCAGACCUGGCAACCCUGGCAAGACUAAUAGAAAGAUUCUUGCUUUGAAAAUGACUUCUUUGCGCUUCAUAUACUGCUAUAAUGGAUAAUGGAUGUUUUUUGUGUAACAAUAUUUUGCUAAUGUUCACACAUUUCAAUGUAUAAAUAAUGCCAACAAGGAGUUUAUCGUAACGUGUUACCGAAUAUUCUGUUUCAC